GCGGAAGAACCACAAAUCCCAGAAGCUCUCGCGCCCGCUCGUCUCCUUCCCCUCCCGAAGUCGGAGUGCUGUUUUUGUUGGUGGUGAAAGGUGAGGGGAACAGCUGAUCCGUCUAUAGGGAAGGCAGAUAUCCCAAGGGCAUGAUGGAGGAAUCAUCACUAAGCCGGGCACCAUCCCGGGGUGGAGUCAACUUUCUGAAUGUAGCCCGGACCUACAUCCCCAAUACCAAGGUGGAAUGUCACUACACUCUUCCCCCAGGCACCAUGCCCAGUGCCAGCGACUGGAUUGGCAUCUUCAAGGUAGAGGCUGCCUGUGUUCGGGAUUACCACACAUUUGUGUGGUCUUCAGUGCCUGAAAGUACAACUGAUGGUUCACCUAUCCAUGCCAGCGUCCAGUUCCAAGCCAGCUACCUGCCCAGACCAGGAGCUCAGCUUUACCACUUCCGAUAUGUGAACCGCCAGGGCCGGGUGUGUGGGCAGAGUCCCCCUUUCCAGUUCCGGGAGCCAAGGCCCAUGGAUGAACUGGUCACCCUGGAGGAGGCUGACGGUGGCUCUGACAUCCUGCUGGUUGUCCCCAAGGCAACUGUGCUACAGAACCAGCUGGAUGAGAGCCAGCAAGAACGGAAUGACCUUAUGCAGCUGAAACUGCAGCUGGAGGGGAAGGUGACAGAGCUGAGGAGCCAAGUACGGGAGCUGGAGACCACUCUGGCAAGUGCCAGACAGGAGCACACGGAGCUGAUGGAGCAGUAUAAGGGGCUUUCCCAGUCCCAUGGAGAGCUCACAGAAGAGAGGGAUAUCCUGAGCCGGCAGCAGGGAGACCAUAUGGCACGGAUCCUGGAACUAGAAGAUGACAUCCAGAUCAUCAGCGAGAAAGUGCUGAUGAAGGAGGUGGAGUUGGACAGGGUUAGAGACACAGUGAAGGCCUUGACUCGGGAACAAGAGAAGCUCUUUGGGCAACUGAAGGAAGUACAAGCAGGCAAGGAGCAAAGUGAGGCUGAGCUCCAAAUAGCAGAACAGGAGAACCGUCGCUUGAAUUUGGAGCUGCAGGAGGCCAAGGCCCGACAGGAGGAGCAGGGUGCUCAGGCCCAGAGACUGAAGGAUAAGGUGGCCCAGAUGAAGGACACCCUAAGCCAGGCCCAGCAGCGGGUGGCUGAGUUGGAGCCCUUGAAGGAGCAGCUUCGAGGGGCCCAGGAGCUUGCAGCCUCAAGCCAGCAGAAAGCAGCCCUUCUCGGGGAGGAGCUGGCCAGCGCAGCAGGAGCCAGGGACCGCACCAUGUCUGAGCUACACCGCAGCCGCCUGGAAGUGGCUGAAGUCAACGGCAGGCUGGCUGAGCUCAGUCUGCACUUGAAGGAAGAAAAAAGCCAGUGGAGCAAGGAGAGGGCAGGGCUGCUGCAGAGUAUGGAGGCAGAGAAGGACAAGAUCCUGAAGCUGAGUGCAGAGAUCCUUCGACUGGAGAAGGCCGUUCAGGAGGAGAGGACGCAAAAUCAAGUGCUCAAAACUGAGCUGGCCCAGGAAAAGGAUUCUAGCCUGGUACAGUUGUCAGAGAGUAAGCGGGAGCUGACAGAGCUGCGGUCAGCCCUACGUGUGUUCCAGAAGGAAAAGGAGCAGUUGCAGGAGGAGAAGCAGGAACUGCUAGAGUACAUGAGAAAACUGGAGGCCCGCCUGGAGAAGGUGGCAGAUGAGAAGUGGAAUGAAGAUGCUGCCACAGAGGAUGAGGAGGCCGCUGCAGGACUGAGCUGCCCGGCAGUUCUGACAGACUCAGAGGACGAGUCCCCAGAAGACAUGAGGCUCCCACCCUAUGGCCUGUGUGAGCGUGGAGAUCCAGGCUCCUCUCCAACUGGGCCCCGAGAAUCUUCUCCCCUAGUUGUCAUCAGCCAGCCAGCCCCCAUUGCUCCCCACCUCUCAGGGCCAGCUGAGGACAGUAGCUCUGACUCGGAGGCUGAAGAUGAGAAGUCAGUCCUCAUGGCAGCUGUGCAAAAUGGGGGUGAGGAAGCCAACCUGCUGCUUCCUGAACUGGGCAGUGCUUUCUAUGACAUGGCCAGAGGCUUUGCAGUGGGUUCCCUGUCAGAGGCCAGCACUGGGGGCCCUGUCAUCCCCCCGUGGAAGGAAUGUCCUAUCUGUAAGGAGCGCUUCCCUGCUGAGAGUGACAAGGAUGCCCUGGAGGACCACAUGGAUGGACACUUCUUUUUCAGCACCCAGGACCCCUUCACCUUUGAAUGAUCUCCCAUCUCCCUAGUACAUACACAAAUGUACACGUACACACAUACACACACACUCACGCACAGAUGUACCCAUAGGUCUCAUGCCUAUUUUCCAUCACACUGGGCAACAUCAGAUUCCGUUCCCUAAGAACUGCCCUUGGUGUGCUCCUGUUUCAUCCCAAGCUGUCUAACUUCAUCCUCUCCUACCCGGCUUUUUUGUCCCAGACAGGGGUCCUUCUUGGAAGCAGUGGCUGAAUUUACUCCUGAAAGCAGUUUUGGAGGAACCAGGAUGAAGGAGGCCUUCGCCUGUGGAAAUAGAAUCAUCCACUCCUAGCCCUGGCUGCCUCUGUCAUUCUCACCAGCCACCAAACCACCAGGGCAUCCACACUCAUACAUACACUCAUACACACUCCCCUCUGAUGCCCUGAAGCCAAUUGCUGGGGCACCCCACCCUCUCUUAUUUGGGGUUUGUGUUUGUUUACCUGAGUGUUCUCUUGAGGCCUGCGUAGAGGCAGCAGCAUGGACGUGAUGACCUCUUCAGUUCUCUUUCAGUUCUAAGCUUCAUUGAUUUCCCUUUCUGUGCCCCCCACCAUUGCCUUUUGGUCUAACCCCAGCCUUAUAGCAUUAGAUGUUAAGUUUGGAGGUUUCUUUUGUAUUUUUGAGGUUUCCCGUACUUUAUCUCCUGCCCCUCCCUGCCACUCCCCCCAGCAUCCUCACAUGGAUAGAAGUAAUGCAUUUGUGCCUUUCUGUGAGGGAUAGGGGAGCAAGUGGUCCCAGGGGUCGCAUUUCCCAGCCCUUCCUCCCUCCCAGGUCACCCCACAGCAAUAAGAGCUUCCCCUCUGAUAUCCCUGACUGCUACCUGUAGUAUGGACAGAUAUAUUUAUAUGAUAUGUA